AGUGUGACUCAUCAGUCUUACUCAUGCAGCUUAAUGAAGAAUAAAUGAAUCAUGGAGGACACACAAACAUUCAGCGAUGGAGAUUUUUCUCCAGGAUGCAGUCGAUUCCACAGGGAGAGAUCAAACUCACCAGAGCCCAGCUGUGUGUCCAUGAAGAGUGACCAGUCUAUGGUCAACAUAAUAAAAUUUAAGGGAAAACACACAUCAACUGAUCUGAGGGAGAGAUCAAGCUCACCAGAGCCCAGCUGUGUGUCCAUGAAGAGUGACCAGUCUAUAGACAACCUAAUAACAUUUAAGGGAAAACACACAUCAACUGAUCUGAGGAAGAGAUCAAACUCACCAGAGCCCAGCUGUGUGUCCAUGAAGAGUGACCAGUCUAUGGUCAACAUAAUAAAAUUUAAGGGAAAACACACAUCAAUUGAUCUGAGGUACAACUCUCAAUUGAUCAAAAGCGGAUUCAAAUCAAAUCUAUUGAAGAAGUUUCAGUGUCUGUAUGAAGGAACAGUGAAGCAGGGAAACCCAACACUCCUAAAUGAGAUCUACACAGAGCUCUACAUCACAGAGAGUGAAAGUGGAGAGAUCAAUAAUGAGCAUGAGGUGAGACAGAUUGAGACACAAUCCAGGAAACCAGCAAUAGAGGACACACCAAUUAAAUGCAAUGACAUCUUUAGACCUUUACCUGGACAAGACAAACCCAUCAGAACUGUGCUGACAAAGGGAGUCGCUGGCAUUGGAAAAACAGUUUCUGUGCAGAAGUUCAUUGUGGACUGGGCUGAAGAGAAAGAGAAUCAGGACAUCCAGCUCAUAUUUCCACUUCCUUUCAGAGAGCUCAACUUGAUGAAGGACAAAACACUCAGUCUUUCAGAUCUUCUUCAUGUCUUUUUCCCUGAAAUCAAAGAAAUGAAACCAUUAAGUGAUGAAUAUAAAGUGUUGUUCAUCUUUGAUGGUCUGGAUGAGUGUCGUCUGUCUCUGAACUUUAAGAGAAAAGUAAAACUGUGUAAUGUAUCUAAAUCAGCCUCAGUGGAUGUGCUGCUGACGAACCUCAUUGAGGGGAGUUUUCUUCCCUCUGCUCUCAUCUGGAUCACCUCCAGACCAGCAGCAGCUGAUCUCGUCCCCUCCGAGUGUGUCCAUCGAGUGACAGAGGUAAGAGGCUUCAAUGAGCCACAGAAGGAGGAAUACUUCAGGAAGAGAAUCAGUGCUCAGAGUCUGGCCAAUACAAUCAUCACACACCUGAAGUCAUCAAGGAGCCUCUACAUCAUGUGCCACAUCCCAGUGUUCUGCUGGAUCUCAGCCACUGUUCUAGAGAAGAUUUUGAGUGAAGCAGAGAGUGGAGAGAUUCCCAAGACUCUCACUCAAAUGUACACACACUUCCUGAUCAUUCAGACCAACAUCAAACAUGAAAAGGACUAUGAGAAGAAAGUGAAAGAUGAAAACAUGAUUGUUAAACUGGGAAAACUUGCUUUUCAGCAGAUAGUGAAAGGCAACCUGAUCUUCUAUGAAGAAGACCUGAGAGAGUGUGGCAUUGAUGUGACAGAAGCAUCAGUGUACUCAGGAUUGUGCACUCAGAUCUUCAAGGAGGAGUUUGGCUUGUAUCAAGGGAAAGUCUUCUGCUUUGUUCAUCUGAGCAUUCAGGAACAUCUAGCAGCUUUAUAUGCUCAUCUCUCUUUUAAAAUCAAGAACAGAAAUGUGUUUGACCAAACCAAACAUUUUUUCUCUAAAUAUUUUAACCGGAAGAAAUAUGCGUCAUUAUCUGAGCUGCAUCAGAGAGCUGUGACUGGGGCUUUCCAGAGUAAGAAUGGACAUCUGGACCUUUUCCUGCGUUUUCUUCUGGGUCUCUCAUUGGAGUCCAAUCAGACUCUCUUACAAGAACUACUGACACAGACAGGAAGCUGCUCCUACAACAAAGAGGAAACAGUUGAGUACAUCAAACAGAAGAUCAGGGAGAAUCACUCUCCAGAGAGAUCCAUCAAUCUGUUCCACUGUCUGAAUGAACUGGGUGAUGAUUCAUUGAUGCAGGAAAUCCAAUAUUAUAUGAAAUCUGGGAAAAUAGGAGAAACCAAACUUGCCUCUUCACAGUGGUCAGCUCUGGUUUAUGUGUUGCUGACAUCAGAGCAGAAGAUGGAUGUUUUUGAUCUAAAUCAGUUUACUGGAGCACAAAAUACAGCAAAUGAAGUUCUUCAGAAGCUGCUGCCUGUGGUUAAAGAAUCCAGAUCAGUUCAAUUGAGUGAUUGUGGAGUCACAGAUCAAUGUUGUUUUGCUCUGGCUUCAGCUCUGAGAUCAAACCCCUCACACCUGAGACAACUGGAUCUGUCAUGGAAUAAAGUAGGAGAUUCAGGAGUGAAUCUGCUCUGUGAUGAACUGAAGGAUCCUCGCUGUAAACUGGAGAUACUGAGGUUGAGUGAUUGUGGUGUCAGAGAUGCUGGUUGUGCUGCUCUGGCUUCAGCUCUGAGAUCAAACCCCUCACACCUGAAAGAACUGAAUCUGACUGACAAUAAACUAGGAGACUCAGGAGUGAAUCUGCUCUCUGAUGGACUGAAGGAUCCCCACUGUAAACUGGAGAUACUGUGGUUGUUUAAUUGUGGUGUCACAGAUGAAGGUUGUGCUGCUCUGGCUUUAGCUUUGAGAUCAAACCCCUCACACCUGAGACAAAUGGAUCUGUCUAGAAAUAAAGUAGGAGCUUCAGGAGUGAAUCUGCUGUCUGAUGGACUGAAGGAUCAUCACUGUAAAUUGGAAAUACUGAGGUUGAGUUAUUGUGGAGUCACAGAGGAAAGUUGUGCUUCUCUGGCUUCAGCUCUGAGAUCAAACCCCUCACAUCUGAGAGAACUAAAUCUGUCCGGAAAUAAUCUAAAAUACUCCGAUGUGAAGCUGCUCUCUAAUCUUAAUGAUGAUCCACAUUAUAAACUGGAGAUGCUUCUGUGA